AUGGCGGCUACUCAACUAUCAUUCUCUCUCCGCGUCUCUUCAGGCGUCAAGACCGUUCAUUUGCUCGGCUCCUGGGACAACUACGUCGGCCAGCUCCCGCUCUCCAAGGACAAGAACUCCUCCAAGGGAACCUGGAAGGGCACCUUCAGAUUCCAGGGCACCACCCUUGAGGCCGGCCAGCGAUACUGGUACUACUACAUCAUCGAUGGUUACCACGUCUCCCACAACCCCAGCGAGGCCUCAACCACAGAGCCGACCACCGGCCGGGAACUCAACAUCCUAGAUGUCCCAUCCGAGAAGAAGUCCAAGUCCUCAUCGCACUCUUCUUCCAAGGACAAGUCAUCCAGCAAGCACUCCUCCUCGUCCAAGCACCACUCAUCAUCCAAGGAGAAGUCUUCCCGCCACCGAUCCUCUGACAUCCCCAAGGGUCGUCCCCUGUCCGUCUCCCAGAUCAAGGCCCCCAAGCCCGUCGCUCCCCACGCCACCAAGAACAUCCUGAACGCCGACUUCGACGAGGUCGACGACUUGGCUCAGCGCUUCGGCUCCGCCGGCAUUGACGACGACUACUACGGCGAGAUCAUCACCGACUUCGACAGCGACACCGGCUCGCCCGUCUCCAGCAACGGCUCCUCCCUGUCCUACCGCUCCGACAGCUCCAGCCCCAUCUCGAGCAUGUCCGGCUACAGCACGCCCGGCUCAGACUGCAGCUCCUGCACCUGCGAGCGCUACGGCAUCACCCGCAAGGGCGACCGCGUCCGCCUCGACUGCGGCGGCUCCCGCUGCGGCUACGGCGAGGACAGCUCCGAGUGCUCCUCGUCCGAGGACGAGUACGUCAGCCCCGCCAGCUCGCGCCGCAACGGCAUGGUCGUCCGCGCAUAA